UUGGCCAUCAUACAAUCAACACACCACACAAAUCUAAAGCGGUGACCAGAUCCAAGGGCUAUGCAUAAUUUCACAGUUUCUACGCGCGACUGAAGGGAUUCCGUACGGGACACCUGCUCCGCCGGAAAGAUUCGUGCCCACAUGGCCGACCUCGGCAAUCCAUCCAUCCUUCGUAGCAUGAGCCGUGUAAGUCAUUCCUUCUCACGGACCCACUUGUUGCCAGACCCUGUAUCAAAACUUCGGUAGCUUCAUUAGAAGAGGGAGGGAGACGAAAGAAUAUUGGGGUCGAGAUUUAGCUUUUUUUUGUCUUUCGAUUCGACUGAUAUUUUUCAAGACAUGGAAUUGCUUCCUCUCAAUCAUCCAGUGCCAUGCGAUUUUUGUAGCUCUAAUGUGAAACUCUUAGAGAAUAGGUUCAGUUUGCAGCAAUCCAAGUUCUUCCAUUGCGGGAAAAGAAAAAUUUCAUCAUCUGCUACAAAAUCCUUUUUUAGUCAGAGGAAAUCUCAUCAACCAUCUUAUGAAAUCAACAAUUUAAAUGAGAAAGAGGGGAAUAAGCUGCUGAGUAUUCUUGAGGGGCUUGAUAAUCAAAAUUCUAUUAUGACAGGGGAUGGAACUUGCAACUACCAUGUAGUUGAUGGAAAUUUGAGAUUAAAAAAGGUUCCAAAAAUUGAUCAGACUGAAAAAAUUGUAAUUCCAACCUUGCCCAAUGAUUCAAAUGGCAAUCAUGGUUCUCAAAUCAGUAGUUGCUAUUGGGAAUGGAAGCCAAAAUUUUCAGUGCACUAUGAGAAAUCUGGAACAAAAAAUAUUAGUGCACCAGCUGUGUUAUUUCUCCCUGGUUUUGGUGUGGGGGCUUUCCAUUAUGAGAAGCAACUGAAAGACCUUGGUCGUGACUAUAGAGUGUGGGCAGUGGAUUUCUUAGGACAAGGCAUGUCAUUGCCUUCAGAAGACCCAGCUCCUUGUACUCAUAACACCAAUUCUGAGGAGCCACUUACCAGAUGGGGUUUUGGUAAUGAAUCAGAACCUUGGGCCAGCGAAUUGGUAUACUCCGUAGAUCUUUGGAGAGAUCAAGUUCAGCAUUUUGUCGAACAGGUCAUUGGUGAACCUGUUUAUGUGGUGGGCAACUCCCUUGGUGGCUUUGUUGCUAUGUACUUUGCAGCAUGUAAUCCUCAGCUAGUGAAGGGUGUUACAUUACUAAAUGCGACGCCAUUUUGGGGAUUUCUUCCCAACCCCAUCAGGUCACCCGGAUGGUCCAGAGUCUUCCCAUGGGCUGGGACAUUUCCGUUACCAUUGAGCGUGAGAAGACUAACUGAGCUCAUAUGGCGAAAGAUAAGCGAACCCAGUAAUAUAAAGGAAAUAUUGAAGCAAGUCUAUGCUGACCAUUCAACUAAGGUUGACAAAGUCUUUUCUCGUAUUAUCGAAAUAGUACAACAUCCAGCAGCUGCUGCUUCUUUUGCUUCCAUUAUGUUUGCUCCCAGGGGCCAGCUAUCUUUCCAGGAGGCGUUAUCUAUGUGUCAACUGCAAAAUGUUCCAAUCUGCCUUAUGUAUGGGAAAGAUGAUCCCUGGGUUAGGCCGAUUUGGGGCCGGAAAGUUAAGCACCAGUUGCCACAAGCACCAUACUAUGAGAUCAGUCCUGCAGGGCACUGUCCUCAUGAUGAGGUUCCUGAGGUUGUGAAUUACCUGCUGCGUGGGUGGAUAAAUAGUCUGGAGUCUGAAGGUUCUGUGUCAUUGCCUCUCCUUGAAGAACCUGAACUUUCUGAGAAGAUUUUCUCCAGAGAACUGGAAUACAUCAGAGAAGAAGGAACACAAAAAUCUGUUCGAGUUCGAUAUUUCGGAUCGAAAAUUUCUUCGUGGGAUCAGCUGGUCUCCUCCCUCACUUCAGGAGCUGCAAAAUUGUUGUUUAAUGGCAGAUAAUGCCUCAUGCCAUUCUUAGAGGCCUUGUAAAUUUUGUAAUUUGUUUGUGUGUGUGAUAUUAAUAUGUCUCUUAGGUUUGAUUCCAUAGGUUUGAAAGUUUACUUUUUGGAAGAAGAAAUGUUUACUGGAGAGUUAUUACACGUUAUUAUACAUCAGAAGAAUAAACAUUGAUUUUAUAUGAA